AUGGCCUCGGACAAAAGAUUGGAAGAAACUCCACGGUUGAAUGGCAAGAGGAGCUCAGCUAGUCUGGACCGCGCCAUUACUUAUCUGGAACAACAACCCGACAGCCAAACUAUACAUGCAUCCGUGGACCACACCCAACUCGUCCGCAGAAUUGACAGACACAUCGUGCCUAUCGCUCUUGCGAUCUACACACUCCAGGUCUUGGACAAGCUUGAUAUCAACUAUGCAGCAGUUAUGGGCUUCAAUCCAGAUCUUCGCCUGGUCGGAAAUGACUUCAAUAACGCUGCCAGCUCAAUGUACAUCGCGAACGUCAUCGCUGAGCUCCCCACUGGUUAUAUCGUGCAGAAAGUACCACCAGGCAAGUGGUUAGGAUUGAACAUCAUUCUUUGGGGCGUCGUGACGGCAUCCACUGCCGCAGUCCACAACUUUCACGGACUGGUUGCGACGAGGGUGGUGAUUGGUAUUCUGGAGGCAGCUACGACGCCGUGUCUCAUGCUCAUCAUCGGCAUGUGGUACACCAAGUCGGAAGCAAUUUUCCGCUUUGCAAUUUGGUACUGCGGAUUGAGCAUUGCCCAAAUGCUCGGCAGCCUGAUGUCUUGGGGUUUUCAGCAUGUCCAUCACGACUCCCUUUCGAGCUGGCGCAUCAUGUUCAUCGUUCUCGGUUGUGUUACUGCAGCAGCAGGUGUCUGGGCUAUCAUUUCGAUGCCAGACUCGCCGAUGGAUGCUUCUUGGCUGACAGAAGCAGAGAAAAGAGCAGCCAUUCAGCGAGUUGCCGUCAACCAGACGGGAAUCAAAAACACCCACUUCAAAUGGCAGCACUUACGCGAACUUGUUCUCGACCCGCAGAUAUGGCUGCUGACCUGCCUCGUCAUUCUCACCUCUCUGUCUUCCGGCGUCGUUUCUUUCUAUUCCACAACCCUUAUCCGCAACUUUGGCUUCUCCUCGCAACGAAGCGCGUUAUUAAACAUACCCAGCGGCGCGGUGUCCUUGAUAUCGGCCCUUGCGACAGCGUAUAUUGCUCAUAGAUACAACGCCCGAGCACUCUCUAUGGCCCUAUUUACUUGUUUCGCUGCGAUAGGCUCCGGUUUGAUGUCAUUCCUUCCUUCGUAUAACCGGGCCGGACUCCUCGCAGGCAUCUACUUAGUCAACGCUAUAACCCCCAACUUGUUCCUGAUCUUCUCCCUUACAACCUCCAACGUUGCCGGGCAGACAAAGCGUGUUGCCGCUAACGCACUUGUUUCUGGGGCAUUUUCAGUCGGGAACAUCGUUGGGCCCCAGCUGUUCAAGCCUAAAGACGCUCCACAGUAUAUACCCGCUAAAAUCGUGCUGCUCGUGACCCAAAUUGCUUCGGCCGUCUUAGCGUUAAGCUUGAGGCUGUAUUAUGGUUGGAAGAACAAGGAGAGGGAACAUGAGGGGGACAAGGAAAUCGAAAAUAUCGAGUGGUUAAAUUUGACGGAUCAGGAAAACAAAACGUUUAGGUACAAGUACUGA